AUGGCAGGCCAAUCGACGCUGCGGCACUCAGCCGCUGAGGGCGCCAUUCUGGAGUUCGUCGAAAAGUACACCACCCUGAUCCGAACCCGCUUGCGCCAGACUUCGCGGACGACCCGCCUCCUCGCGACCCUUGCCCUCGUCUCCUCCAUCAUAUUGGGCGCAGAGGGCUCCCGCCGCUGGUGGAAGCGCAGGAAGUCGGAGAAGGAGCAGGGUUUCAAGCUCGUGAGGACCAACUCGUGGCUGCACAACAAGGACGGCUCGCGCACCAUCUACGUCCCUUACAAGGACGGCACCUCCAAGGUCGUGAUCCACACGACCAAGCCGCUGACCUUUGAGGCGCAUCGGAGGUUGUUCUUGAAUCCGCCACGGGUCUCGGGCCUGGGCGAUGGCACCGUUCCCUCCGCGCAGACUAAGCCGGGGCUCAACCUGGCCUUUCUCCACCAGUUCCUGAGCCUGAUGAGCAUCAUGAUACCAAGAUGGACGAGCAAGGAGGCAGGGCUGCUCGUCAGUCAUGGCGUUUUCCUCAUGCUGCGGACUUACCUGUCGCUUGUGGUCGCUCGUCUCGACGGUGAGAUCGUCCGCGACUUGGUGGCCGGCAACGGCAAGUCAUUCAUCUGGGGCAUUGUCAAAUGGUGCGGCUUGGGAAGCUUUGCCUCCUACACCAACGCCAUGAUCAAGUUCCUCGAGUCCAAGGUAUCAAUCGCGUUCCGGACAAGGUUGACGAGGUACAUACAUGACCUCUACCUCAACGACAAUCUGAACUACUACAAGCUAUCGAACUUGGACGGCGGCGUGGGUCAAGGGGCAGACCAGUUCAUUACCCAAGACCUGACGCUGUUCUGCGCUGCAGCUGCGAACCUGUACUCCUCGUUAGGCAAACCUUUCGUCGACAUCUGCGUCUUCAACUACCAGCUGUACCGGUCUCUCGGCCCCUUGGCGCUGACUGGUCUGUUGAGCAAUUACUUCUUCACCGCAUCCAUCCUCAGGCGCCUCUCGCCUCCAUUCGGCAAGCUCAAGGCUGUUGAAGGCGCAAAGGAGGGCGAUUUCCGCAGCUUACAUGCCCGCUUGAUAGCCAACGCCGAGGAAGUGGCCUUUUAUGGCGGCGCAGAAAUGGAGAAGCACUUCCUCAACCGCGAGUUCAAGUCUCUCAAGACGUGGAUGGAGGGAAUUUACAUGCUCAAGAUCCGCUACAAUAUCCUGGAGGACUUCAUCCUAAAAUACAGCUGGAGUGCCUACGGCUAUCUGCUGUCCUCGUUACCAGUUUUCCUCCCAGCCUGGGGAGGACUGGGCGGCGCAUCAGAGCUCUUGGAUUCAGCCGAAAAGGGUGGCCGCGAGCGCGGCCGCAUGCAGAACUUUAUCACGAACAAGCGCCUUAUGCUGUCGCUUGCUGACGCCGGUGGCCGCAUGAUGUAUAGCAUCAAGGAUCUAUCUGAACUGGCCGGAUAUACUAGCCGUGUGUACACGCUCAUCUCAACUCUGCAUCGCGCACACGCCAACUCGUACUUUGCCCGGGGCAGACCCAACGAGUUUUACUCUCUCAGUGAUGUUCAGGGCACAAUGCAGAAGGGUUUCGACGGUGUACGGCUGGAGAACGUGCCUAUAGUGGCCCCAGCUCUAUGGCCGCAGGGAGGCGACGAGCUGAUCGAAUCCAUCAGCAUGAUUGUCCGCCGCGGCGAACACCUGCUCAUCUCGGGCCCCAAUGGCGUCGGUAAGAGUGCCAUCAGCCGAGUCCUGGCCGGAUUGUGGCCAGUGUACCGCGGCCUAGUGUCCCGGCCAAAGGCCAACGGUGAGGACGGGAUCAUGUUCCUCCCGCAACGGCCCUACCUCAGCGUGGGCACGCUGCGGGACCAGGUCAUCUACCCGGACGGCGAGGCGGACAUGCGCGAGAAGCGGAAGAACGAACACGACCUCAAGAGUGUGCUCGAGGCUGCGAAGCUGGGGUACCUGCCUGACCGCGAGGGCGGGUGGGACACUAAGAAGGAGUGGAAGGAUGUCCUCAGCGGCGGCGAGAAGCAGAGGAUGGGCAUCGCGAGGCUGCUGUACCAUGAGCCACAGUACGCGUUCAUCGACGAGGGUACGAGCGCGGUGUCGAGUGAUGUGGAGGGGCUCUUGUAUGAAACGUGCAAGGAUAGGGGGAUAACACUCAUCACAAUUUCGACCCGCGCCUCCCUGAAGAAAUACCACACCUUCAACCUCGUGCUCGGCAUGGGCGAGAACGGCGACGAGUGGGAGUUCGAGCGCAUCGGCACCGAGCGGGAGAAAAUGCACGUCGAGAGGGAGCUCCAAGAGCUGAGGGAGAGGCUGGCCAAGGUCGAGGAGUGGAAGACGAGGAGGGACGAGAUCGAGAAGGAGCUGGCGCAGGUGUGGGUCGAAGGGGGCGACAGCCUGCAGCCUCCUGCAUAUACGGAGAAGGAGGACGGGCAGGACACUAGCGCCCAGGAGCAGGGCAAUGUGGACGUGCCGGCAUGA